GUGGAGCAGCUGAUUGUCCUGCUGAGGCAGCAAAUGGAGGUAGCGGCCCAGGACCGGCAGGAAGCCCGGGAGAGAGGAGAGCGAUUGACGGAACGCUUUCUAACGCUGUCCACGCCUGUCUUGCAGGAUCGCCAGGCUUUGCAAAACCUCCUGAAGUGAUGCAUACAGAUCUUUCCAGUCAUCUUCACUCAGAGGAAUGCAAUGAUCUUAUAAACAAACUCCAGAAGUGUCACCAGGAGCAAUUCUUUGGCAAGUGGAUUGGCGCUUGCAACGAGAUUGAUGUUCAAGUACGGCGCUGUCUGAAACUCGAGCGCCUGCGAAAGCAGAAAGCCAAUAACGAAGCGGCAGCAGUCAAGCACAAGCUUUUCCAGGAGCGCGUGAAGCCGCGACCGGACGCGCAGUGAUGACGCUCACCCCGGCGGCCUCGGACGCGCCGUCAGUGCCAUCUGGUGGCACGGGCGUGAACCGUUCCGUCGACGAGCGCGCGGUGCCCCGCAUCGAGGACUCUGUUACGCCCGGCGAGCAGCCGCGCGACUUCCUGGAGAGAUACUACGAGUGCCGCUACCUGCUGGACUGCCGGGAGGCUGGACACGACUACCGGCUGCUGUUCCACUCCAACGGCCUGAUAGUGGUGAUGCUGGCGCCGUCUCACCCGCUCACCACUACCGGCACAGAUGUCACCGGCAUCGACUUCCAGGUGACGGAGCACACGAACCGGCUGGAGAAUCGCGUGCAGGGCAAGGGCAAGCGCGGCGCCCAGGUGGUGACUGCCGAGGCGCCGCUGUCCCGCGUCACGUGCGCGGACGGCGCCCAGUACGUGAUCCCGGCCUGCGCGCGCGGCAAGCUGAUCCAGCUGAACGAGAAGCUGCGCAGCCAGCCGCAGCUGCUGACGACCCACAGCGGCGGCGAGGGGUUCGUGGCCAUCAUUCUGCCGAAGCUGGGCGCCAGCAGCGGCCAGAAGGCGGGCACGGUGGACUGUGCCGAGUACGCGCGCCGCCGCGCGGCGUCGGCACCGGCGGCGGGUCAGGACAGCGCGGGGUCGGCGGCGUGUUCAGAACGAGAUUGCUAGUGCUGCAGUGACCCAUGUGAGGUCAUACAGGCUGACGUGCGCUGCGUUCUCAGGUAUCCGAGCCCUGUUGCAUCUUGAAACUCCCAAGUAUGAAUGCGUAGCAUGAUUAAUAAUCUGUUGACUAUC